GCACGCGCUCGCCUCGGAUUGGUCGGCUUGGCCUUUUUAACGCGGCAGAGGCGCCCCAGAAAGUUCCGCUCUGGCCUCAGGCGGCUGCGCCCGAAGCAGAGGCCUUGCGGUCUUCCAUGAAGGGCAGCAUAUCAACUGAAUGGAGGAGGAGGAGGAGGAUAUUUGGGGGGGGGGGACCCCUGGGUCCAGCAAGUGUUCAAAUACAAGCCAGGUGCUGGCCUGGGUGAUGGGCCGUUAAGGGAAGGAAGGAAGGAAGGGGUUCUUUGCAGAUACCCUCCCUCAACUGUUAGCUAAAAAGGACAAAAAGAAGACGAAAGGGCAGAGGAGAGUGAUGUGAACUAGAAGUGGGAAACAGCAGGCUGGGAAGGGAGGGAGCCACGGCGGCUGUCUGCUGGAAUCCCAGGCUGCAGCUCUGGGGGAAGCAAGACUCUUUUGGGGUGUUAAUGCUGUCAGCCCCUCCAUCAUAGACUCAGGUUGCGUACAGUGGACACAAGUUGCGAACGUGAUCCGUGUGGGAGGCACAUUCGCAAUGUGCUGCAUCUGCGCACACGCAGGUUGCGAUUCAGUGCUUCUGUGCACCCGCAAAGCGCGAUUUAGCACUUCGGCUCAUGCACGAGCACCGAAACCCCAAAGUAACCUGUUCUGGUAGCUCGGGGUUUGGUAUGACUGCACAAGCUGAAUCGUCUGUAACCCGAGGUAUGACUGUAUAUGCAUAAAUAAGUCUUAUGUCACAAAGACACCACCGUGUCUGCUGUACAAAAGGAAACACAAACCCUGGAUGAGUGCCUGGAACCUCGCACUGCUCAGAGAUUUGGAGUGGCGUGCAACACGGGGGUUAGAAGUGGGGUCCAUGUUUUCUGGAGGAGGGCCUGUGAGCAAAGUGUGCCUGAAUCAAGAUGGAGGGAGGAAUAGCAACACUCCUUAAGCAGCUUGAGACAACAGAGCAACGGCCGAGCCAGUGGUUUGAGCAAAUGACCCUGUGGCAGAACCAGCAUUUUGGUAGAGUGUAGCAGCUGCAAGCAGAGUGUGUAAGAAGCCUUCUUGGAAAGAAGGAAUUCAUUAGCUUUUAAACAAUCAUCCAUGUAACCUUAUUUUGCUAAGUUCCUGAGUUUAAAAGCCUGCCUGAAAGUUAAGUCCUCUGUCCUUCAAGACUUUCUCUUUCAUCCAGAUCUGCCAGGGGCAACUGAGGGCUCACCCACACUUCCACUGGUCCUGUGUUCUCCACCACUUGUGCCGCCGCCGCUUUCCCCCAGAAAACCCACUGCUUACUGUUGAAACACAGCAAACAUCAAUCGGGUUUCCUGCAGAUGAUGUUUGCUCCGAUUCAGCAGUAAACAGCAGGUUUUCCCAGGGAAAAUGAUGCAGUGAGCAGUAAACCUUUCAGACCAGUGCCUAGAAAGCACAGGCAAAUGGCGGUGUGGGCAAGCGGGAGCAGGGGACUUUGGACCCUUUGGAUGAUGCUGAGCUGCGUCAGCCGUCCGCCUCAGCCUGUGUGGCCAAUGACCAGGGAUGAGUUGCAGUCCCACAGUGGGGUGGGUAGGGGACAACAAAAGUUCCCCAUGCCCAGAUACUUCUCUAAUAGUCGCUGCAUUCACUCACCACCUAACAGUUCUGCGAUCCAGAAUCGGAAAUGGAAUAUUGGUUUAGAUACUGAACAAUGCCAUAAAAACAACUUAUCAGUCAAAUGUUAAUCGCCAGGAUGUUAUAAACAGAUGUACCAGUCAUCUGCUGUCAUAUUAUAUUCUUUUUAAAUUGCCUUGUCUAUAUGUUAAUUAAAUAAAAUUUAUUAUCUUUUUUAAAAGAGAAGGUCCUGCUUGCAGGCUUCCAUAGACAUCUGGUUGGCCACUGAAAAUAGGAUGCUGAACUAGGUGGGCCUUUGGCCCGAUCCAUUAGAUCUCUUCUUAUGUUAUUAAAAAGAGUAUACAGUGGUACCUCGGGUUACAUACUUAAUUCAUUCCGGAGGUCUCUUCUUAACCUGAAACUGUUCUUAACCUGAAGCACCACUUUAGCUAAUGGGGCCUCCCGCUGCUGCCGCGCUGCUGGAGCACGACUUCUGUUCUCAUGCUGAAGCAAAGUUCUUAACCCGAGGUAUUAUUUCUGGGUUAGUGGAGUAUGUAACCUGAAGCGUCUGUAACCUGAAGCAUAUGUAACCCGAGGUACCACUGUACUGUACAAUCUUUUAGCUUUUUUAUUAAAUCUGUUAUCAAACUUAUCAGGUAAAAGAUGUGUUUCACAGUAGAUUUGGGAGCAGUAUAAAGGAAUUUGGUCAGCUUUUUUUUUUAAUUAAAAAAAAUCAUUUUAUAAGAUUGUGUAGGAAAGUGGAAUUGGAGAGGAACAGGUGGAUCCAGCAACAGUACACUGUAGUACUGUGGAAUGUUCUUGUUUACUCUUCUAAUCAGGUCUGCCCUGUCCUCUACUGUACUGUAAUCCUUUACCCACCUUUUUCCAUUUCAUACCCCAAGAGUCAGUCACAACAUCCUGUGGAGUGCGCUCAGUUAUGCCUGGGCUCUUUUGGGGGAUGGAAGGGGGUUCUUCCUUUAGAAUAUUGUCCUCUAAAGCUUCUUUGGACUUCUGCAAACCUUGGCAUUCCCUCCACAUCCCUGGUACCUUCCUCUUGUAUGAGGAUAUUGUUGCUUUGGCAAUGUAAGCAUUGGCACUCGCAUCUACAAGAUGGACCUGCAAUAAAAUGUUGUGUAGAGUGCUUCUGUUCAGGAGACUCUCUUCUCCCUAGUUUUCUGUCUACCCCACACACAUUCAGCAGUCCAUGCACACUGAACCAAAGUCUCAUUGGGCUAUUUUGAAGGGGUUCUGUUAGGAUUUUUUCUAAAGUUUUUAUUUUGUACUUCUGCAAAUCUUGGGCUUCCCCAGCACCCGUGUGUGUGUGUGUGUGACGAUUUUUUUUACUACGUAAGGAUAGGCACUUGAAAAAAUGAGUCUAUGAGUCUAGUAUUAGCAUACUAAAUGUGGUGGUGGGUUAGAAAGAGGGAAAGCUUUGCAAUUCAUUUUUCAUUUAUCUUCACAGUAAUCUUUUGAAAAGAGAUAAACAAACAUUCCCAAAGCACCAGAGGGCUCUAGUACACUUCCUUCGCUGACCUUAUAAAAGGUGACCCCCAAACAUUACCACUCAGGAAGAUGAGGAAGGCCAAACUAUAAUAUUGUUACAAAAGUCCCUCUUGUUACAAGCCUGCCCCUCUCUCUGCCAAGUGGUGGCGAGAGCCCAUAGGGUCUGUGUCCCUUUGGAGAACAGAAGACACGGCGGAGACUGUCUGGCUUUAAGAAAUAUGGUUUAUUCAGUCUGCAUGGAGGGAGUCCAGAUCUUAUGGCAUAGUCAUUUCAAGAGGUAGCAGCGCAGGCUGCGUACAGCCAGCCUCCAAAAAAGAAUCUGCUCCUCUUCCCCCUUCUUCUUCCCAGAAACCCCUUGUCCUCCAUCAGAGCAGUUACCCUGGCAACCUUCCAAAUCCCCAGUCUCUGUUCACACCUGGUGGAAGGAGUUCCCUUGUAUUGUUCUUGUUCCUCAAUUAUUCCUUGAUCACUGUAGCUCAGGAAUUCCUUUGCAGCUUGCAUUCUCCCAUCAUAUCACAAACAACCCAAACCCAUUAAUUUCUAGGGCUUACCCUAAAUCUAUAACACUAUAUAAGGUGAUUAUUUUGAACUUUGAUGUUUGACAAUCUAAAUCUUUAAUACAUUUUAAAACAUUGCAGUAGGGAAGAAAAAAGCAUAUAAUUUGUUUGUGAAGCAGAGAAAACGAUUGCUUCAUUCAUAGAUCAGAAAGAUCACUGCCUUUUCUCCUGGAUCCAAAUCCCUAUGAAAUGCAUCACUACAACUUCAUUGUGUGCUCAUGUUCUACUGUCACUAAGCAACAAAGAGACUCUUCUCAUUUGACAGCUCUGUUCCCUUCCGGGUUUCUAUCUCCUUUUACUUUGGUUUUAAAGUAGUGUUUUCUUCCAUAAGUUGGAAAGGUUUUUGGUUGUGUCGGUGUGCUGUUAGUUUCCGUGUGAGUUCCUGGACAGGAUUAGAAAACAAUCAAGACUCUAAUAUCUCCACUUGGAAACAAUACAAAAAUAAUUAUGACUUCUGGAGUCACUGCAGGGCAGUUCAGCCACUUCAAUUCUCACAAGAUGCAUCAGAAGCAGCAUGAAGGUCUCUUAAAGAGAAUGUACAUGCCUUUUGUGAGAGGUCCUGAAGACAGACACUUUUUUACCAGUUUCCACAACAAAUGCAGUAAUGCUUUUCUCAAAUCCAAUCCAUUCAUUCGACCUGAAGAUAAAUGCUACCUUUUAGCUCCACAUCGGGAUGAUCUGCCAAUAAUUAACCCUUGUUCAGGAUUUGUGAGCCCAGGAGGUGCAGUUGAAGCUAACCAAAUCAUGUACAGCAAAAAUAAGGAACCCCUGGGGAAUGGUAAAGAUGUGCAGCCUCCACCGUCGGCCCCCAUCCCACAUACGACACACCAGCCUGCAAACAGAAGACUCUCGGUAUUGGAAGAGAUAAAGCAGGACCAGCAGUGGAACUCAAGAGCAGUGCCAGAUAUUUCUCUCAGGUCCAAACUUGGAGGUACAUGGUGUUAUCUUUUACGGUUCUCAUUGUAUUCACUAUAUUGUCUGAUGAAAGGGCACAAGGUGCAGCUUUGGUACAUAAAUGAUGUCCCUUAAAGUGCCAAAAUGCAUGCUAUGCAGUGUUUUAUUUAACUUUCCCCCUAGUGAAUGAAAAAGUUGCAGUGCUGAAGAAGAACAGGUGAGGGGAAUGGGUUGUUUAACCUUUUCCCUGCUGACCAUGGUUCUACUUAAGUUCAGUUGGCAGGGCGUUUGCAGGGGCAAAAUCUGUUUCCUCCCUGCACUACUGGGUUUAUCAGAUGUAGAGGGUGGACUUAACCCUCACUCAGACAGGGUUCUGGGUGCACCCUUUUGGUUUCUUCCAUGCAGUAUGAGUAAAUGCUGUCAUGCACUUCAAAGGGGAAAAGUGGAGUACUGCAUUUGAGGACACUGUUCUAUGGAGAGCAAAUGCACGCAUCCCUCUCCUGAUCCUGAAUAAUCUAUCCUCCACUGACAGAGACAACAAGUUGUCGCUGCAAUAUACAGGCACAUUUCCCACUUCCCCCUCCUUCGUGAUAGACUGCUUCUGUUGCUGCAAUUUUUAUUUCCUGAUUUAUUUUUACAUUGUUUGAUAUUUUGUGGUUGCAAGCUACCUUGACUUAUUUUAUAAAGAAAGUAGGUAGAAAUCUUAAGUUUUUAAAACAAAUAAAUUUAAAUAUUGAUAGGUGGUUUGUUAGCUAUAACAUAAGAAUAUAUAAGAUGAGAUCUAGCUUGCCUGUCCAAACAACUCAGAUCAUGUAACUGUUUGCUAAAGUAUACGUUGUGUUGUUCCAAAGGCUCACUAAUCUAAAGCAGAAGAGAGCUGGUGGUUCAUUUUUAAUCUAAGAGGCUAAAUUUAAUUUCAAGUCCCACCUCUGCCAUGGAUUCACUAUGUGGCCUUGGGUAAAUCACUGCACCCCAGCCUCGGAUCACAUCCACACCACACAUUGAAAGGACUCUGUCAUUGCUUCCCCCAAAGGAUCAUGGGAACUAGUUUAAGGUUCCAACAAUGCUUAGCACCUGUUACAAACUACAGUUCCCAGGAUUCUUUGUGGGAAGCUGAAGGGAGGGUAUAAGAGUUCUUUAAAUGUAUGGUGUGGAUGUAACCUAUAUCUGUGGGAGGGAAAUAAAAAGGAACUAUAUGUACUUCAUGGGAGAGUUUGAAGAACAAACACAGAAAAAACUGUAAAACAUCAAAUUUAAAAUGUUAUAUAAAUUAUAUUAAAAGGGGGAGCAGCAGUAAAGAAAAUGGCACCCUAUUGGGCCUGGUAAACAUAUAAGCAAUUGGCUCUCUGGGUCACAACCUCCAGCCUCCUGUCUACUUCCUGACAGCAGCUCACUGUCUCUUUUGUCUCUAGAUCCAGGGACGAAACUAGGCUUUAUUUUAACCGGGCCAAAGACCCAGUUUGGCCCACCCACCCACUCACAUUGUGUACACACCCACCCACCCAGGCUGGGAGCUCAAUGGUGCUGCUUUGGAGGCUUCACCCAGGGCAAAAAACCCAGCUUACCCCCCCCCCCCCCAGUUAAGGCACUGUCUAGCUCUCUAGAUCCCAAACAAACUUCCUUCUUAACCCCUUUUUUCUUCAACCAUGCACCCACUGCCCCAUUUCCUUGGAUCUUUAUUCCUUGAUGGCUCUUCCCGAACUCUGCCCACCAUGUCUUCCUUUGUGUGCCCCCCCAUUUCCUUGCCCCCCCCAUUUCCUGUCAUGCAGCCCCUCCUGACAUUAUGCGUCUCCGCAGCUCACGCACAUUAUUAAGUGCUCAUUUUGUCAAGCCCUUUGUUUCUCCUCCAUCUGCCCUUCCUUCAGGUUCUUGCUUCUCAGUACCUGCUCUGCCCCUUCCUUCAAUUACUCUGCCUCGUUGUUACCUGGCUCUUAGGUUCCCCGGCAUCUUGGGACCACUUUCUCACUGUGUCUGCUAGCCACUGAUUUCACUCUCUCUUUUUGACCUAUAGUGCUCCUUCAGGGUUUUCUGUGGUAUUUUCUCAGCCAAACUCAAAAUUCACUUCAACUCAUUGAAGUGGACUGCGGCAACCAUUCAGUUGUUGAUAUCAUCCCUCAUUAGAAAGUAUGUUUGCAAGCAUUUCAUGGUAUAACAUUAGUUUGGCAAAUUACUGCCAUAGACUGCAUUGUUUCCACCACAGUAACCACCACAGUCAUCAUAAAAUCAUUUAAGUUAGUUAACAUAGCAAUAUAAGAGUUAUUUAACUUAGUUGUAAUCUUUAAUACUGUAGUAGGCUGCAUAGCACAAGAAAUUCAACAUUUUUUUUCAGGAUGGACAAGUCCAGUAAAAGUUAUACCUGCUCCACCUAAAGUCAAAGGAAAUUUUUCACCUCAUACAUUUGCAUUUCAUGUGGACCCAGACAUUAAGGUAUUUUUGUUUCCCGCUAUUGAUUUUGUUGUUUGUAUAAACCUGGAACAUAUUUUCAAAUUAAUACUAGUCCAACAGGCAUCUUAAAUCUAGGGGGCCGAGGCGUCUUCAGCCCCCUCUCUAUUUGUUAGAAAGGGGCUGGGCCUCCUCAGUGUUGGGAGGGUGUGUUGCAGCUUCAGCAGCUGGCUCCUCCAGAGUGCGCAGCCUCCUCCAGACGAUGUGCGGUUGUCUGUGUGGGGCGUCAUUCACACGUGGCACGCGAUGGGCCCCCUCAAUUGUAGGGGCAACCUGGCACCUCUGUAGUCCAACUACCUGCAAUGCAGGAAUCUUUAGCGCAGCGUGGGGCUCGAAUCCAUGCUCCUGACAUUAAGAGUCUCAUGCUCUAUUGAAUAAGCCACUCUGAACAUUUUAGGCUGCUCUAAAGGUGCAGGAGUAAGAAAAGGGGUGGCAAUCAUAUGCUUGUGUGCUUGAGACAUUAUACAGCUUGGAAAACUAUUCAAUUAAAGGACUAAUCCCUGCAUUAUCUUUUAUGGUUUCCCUUCAUCAUGGUUUCUUACGAAGUCAAGUGAUCCUUCCUCUGAAGCCUUCAGAGAUGAGAAAGCGCGGAAGUAUAUGUAUACCUCAGUGGCUCAAAGGUGAGCUUCUGUUUCUGGUAAGGAAAGGAUUCUUUAAACAGCUUGUGUUCACCUGGAUGACAGGAUGCUACGUAGGAGCUUUCGGUUGAACCCCUCCUUUAGGUCUCACUUUGUUUCUGUGAUUGUAAGUUGUUUUAAACUGUUUUUAAUAUUACAUUUCAAUGAUAUAGCCUGCCCUGGAACAUUACAGUCAAGUGAGGGUAAAUAAUAAUAAUACAAGUUGACAUGCUUCUUUUCCAAAGAUUAGCCAUCAGGUAGGGGAGAGCUUGUGAGGGGUUUUUUAUUUUAAAAAAAUACAUGGAAUAACAUUCAGUCAUAUGUAUCCCCACUUGUAAUCUGAAAUGCUACAGCUGACAAAUUUAGGGAAAUGCUUCUUCAGCUCCCACUUCCAAGCUCUCCCCUACCUGAUGUAUAUCAAUAUAUCUCAACUGAACUGAAGAAGGCAUCCUGUUUCCCUUCCUUUCCCCCAAUGUUGUGCCCCACUUUCCUCCCCCCUAUUACUUUUCAUGCCACCACUGCCACAUUGCCAACAAUAGCACUCGUAGUUUCUCCAGUGCCUCAGUAACGCAGGACAGGAUCUUUCCUCGGAGCCAACCAUUCUGGAUGGGGUGGGCAAAGGAAGGCUGUUUAGACUUAGAGGGGUGGAAUAAAAUAGCCCUUUUUGCUGCCAGCACCCGCACCCUUCCUCAAAGCAACGUAGGGAGAAGAAGAGAAAGGGGCAGCAGAAACCAUUCCUUCCACAGGUAGAGGGGUGAACAGGUGACUGUGCCCGCAGCAGGGCGAGAUGGGGGGCCAGGGGGCAUGCCAGUUCACCCUUCCCCUUUGCCCACUGCUUGAGGCAAUUGUCUCAUGACUGGGCUGACCCUGCCUGCACAUAAGAAAUUGGAGGUCAGGGACAAUAAUUUUUGCCGAAAUUUCUUCAUGACAUGCUAGUUUCCUAUGUGGAAGGAUUUGGGUUUUGCUUUUGAGUGCGAGACCUGCAGUCUGGAGUGAUGCAAGCCAGACACAGGCUUACCACCUCAGUGAAUAUUAGGCCUAAAACAAAGAUCUGUUGGGAUAUUUUAGUGCCAUUCAGGUACACAUGGCCAUGUCAUUGAUCUGAAGGUAUAAGAUGAUGGUUAUUAUUUAUUAAAUUUGUUAGACAUAACGUUCAAAUGUCAGAAUGAGAGAAACUUUGGAAAAAUGAUUUGAAAUUUACAGCUUGUACACUAAUUAAAUAAAAUUAUAUGAAAAUGAUGUACAGGUGGUAUCUAACACCAGUUAAAUUAGCACAAAUGUAUAAAUCAAGAGAAUACAAAUGUUGGAAAUGUAAAGAGCUAGAAGGUAUGUUUUAUCAUAUGUGGUGGCAAUGUAAAGUUAUUUAAAAAAAUGGGAAAUGAUAUAUAAUGAACUGGAAAAAAAUGUUUAAAAUAACCUUUGUUAAAAAGCCUGAAGCCUUUUUAUUAGGAAUUACAGGAAAGCAGAUACCAAAAAAAUAUAUAAAUCUUUUUAUGUAUGUGACUACAGCGGCAUGAAUAUUGAUAGCCCAAUCUUGGAAAGAGGAAAAGAUCCCCACAAAAAAAGACUGGCAAAUUAAGUUAAUGGAAUAUGUAGAAAUGGCUAAAUUAACAGAGAAACUUAGAAAUCAAGACAAUAACAUUUUGAAAUGAAUGGGAAAUCUUUAUUGCAUAUAUAUCAAAGCAUUGUAUACAAGUUGAUACAUUAGGGUUUUAAGAAACAUUUCCUGGCCACAGUGAUCCAUGCGACGGUCACCUCCAGGCUUGACUACUGUAACUCGCUCUACUUGGGGCUGCCCUUGAAGCUGUCCCAGAAACUCCAGCGGGUGCAGAAUGCUGCAGCGAGGCUCCUCACGGGGUCUCUGCCAUGGGAGCAUAUUCACCCAGUGCUUUUCAAGCUGCACUGGCUCCCGGUGGAGUACAGGGUCAGAUUUAAGGUGCUGCUUUUGACCUUUAAAGCCUCUCCUGGUAUGCCCCACGGAGGACCUCAAGGUCCAUAAAUAGCAACACCCUAGUGGUCCCGGGCCCUAAGGAAGUUAGAUUAGCCUCAACCAGAGCCAGGGCCUUCUCAGCACUGGCUCCAGCCUGGUGGAACGCUCUGCCUCAUGAGACCAGGGCCCUGCAGGAUCUGAUUUCUUUCAGCAGGGCCUGUAAGACAGAGUUGUUCUGCCUGGCCUUUGGCUUGGAGUCAAUUUGAUUCCCUCCCCCUCUUUCUUUUUUCUUUUUCCUUUCUCCUCCUGUGAUGAGGCUGCAUUUUAAUAUUUUAAUGUUUCAAUAUUUUAAUGUUGUAUUUUAAUCUUGUUUUUAAGUUGUAUUCAUUCAACUUGUUUUUAUUAUUGCUUGUUAGCUGCCCUGAGUCCGGCCUUGGCUGGGGAGGGCGGGGUAUAAAUAAAAAUUAUUAUUAUUAUUAUUUGCAUUAUUAUGAUAAAAGAUAGAACAGGAUACAAAUAGAUUAAUAAUAUUACAUAGACAUGCAUGAAUUGAUCAUGAAACAAUGGAACCAUGGGAGGGGGUAGAGGGAAGUCAAGGGAUUUGAGAAAUCCCACAUCUGGAUGUUUUAUUGAAUGUAUAAACAGCAUUGUGAAUUUUUUAAAUGUUUGUUUUAAUGUGAUGUUUAUUAUAAUGAAAAUCACUAAAAAUAUUAUUAAAAAAUUGUUAGUCACUUUAUCUUGUGCAAGGUGACCCAGGGCCCCCUACAACCAAGUAGAUAUUCCAUCAUUCUGUGUGUUAACAUUAAGGCAAAUAGACACUUAAACACCCAUGUAAAUGAAACUUGUGUUCAAUGAAAACACAACUCUGUAUGCACCGAAAGUAUAAUAUGCACUGAAUGUCCCAAUGCAAUAGGUAUUAUGACUCAAAAUAAUAUCCACACAAGGUAUGUACAGUUACAAAGAACUUGAAAAUAUACAUAUGCAGGCAUGCAAAUUGCUAUGCAAUAUCACUGAGUUCAAUAGUUCAACUCUGGCGUAACUCUAGAUAAGACUGUGUACACGAGGGACUCCGGUGCUUCAUAAUACAGCCAGAUUCCCCCCCCCCCCAUGAAAUAAGCUCUUCCAUCUUAGACACUUUUUCUGUGAACGUAUAACAUAAGUAAACCCCCUCUGCCCCCCUCCUUAUAUGCACAGUCAAUGGCUCUUAUGGAACAAGCAUUACAAAAUCUGUCCACCUUUGGGGGGUGGAAAUCUGUGUUAUUUAUUUCACUGUCUAGCCACAACCACUGCUGUAAAACCUCUUUCCCUUCUUUUUAAUGAAGAGCAAAUGAAGACAUUCCCUGGGAUAGAAUGUUGCCCCCCAAAGUCAAGCCUCCAGAUUCGACAUUAGAGCCAAGGGCUGAUAGAGUCUCACAGCGUUUUUCAAUGAAGCAGUAUGAACCAGAAGCAGAAACAAGCCAAGUCAGUGAACUUCAUUUUAGCUUGUUUAUGGGGGGUUGUUUGUUGUUUAAAUCAUAGUCAUAGAUCAGUGGUAGAACACACACUUUUUAUACAGGUCCCCCCCCCCAUAUUUAAUUCCCUGGCUCUCCAGUUAAAAGGAUUUCAAGUAGCAGAGCUGGGCAAGAACUCUACUGGAGACCCCCCAGAGCUGCUGCUAGUCAGGAAUGAACAGUAUGAGGCUAGAUGGAUGCUCUGACUAAGUAUCAGGUAAGUUCACGUGUAAUAGAGGAGAGCAGUAGUUCCAACCGUAGAUGCUGAGCUGCUCUGGAUUUCCCUCCUGCUUGAUUGUGAGUUGAUGGCUCAGUUUAAAUGUUGUCUCUUUUCAUUAUGUUUUCUGUAAGUAUUUAGCUAAGUUGCCUCGGGGCUCAUUUUUAGUGCUGAAAAGUGAGGAAUGAGUUAACCAGGCAAGAAAUUGGGGACUGGGACAGGAUUUUUCCAUGUGGAAUUUUUUGUUUACUCUUUUAUUUUUAACAAAUUUAACAGAGAACUAAGAAAGGAAAGGAAAGUGUGUGUGUGUGUGUGUGUGUGUGUGAGCAAGAGAGAGAGAGUGAGAAGGGGAAGUGUGUGAGAGAAAACCCGUAAGUUCACAUUAUAAAUACAAUAACCAUCCCAUCCAUCCACAUUAAUUAAAAAACAUAAAUCCAUAUGUGCUGCCCAGACAGGUAUCCACAUGAAGCUGACGUUUGUCUGCUCUUAAUAGCUGCUCCGUGGGGGAAGCCUUCAUGUAGGACUUGGAUGAGAGGAGCUAUAGUCAUUUAAGAAGCCUUUAUGUCACGAUUAAAGGCAUCCUGUCCCAUGGCAGAUCAAACUACCUCAGUGCCAAAACAAGUUUUGUUCCAUUCCUCUCAUCCAUAUUAUUCCCACCAUGCUCACUGGCUACAGCAAAGACCUGCUAUGGCAUGGUUGAAGCGAAGGUAGGUGUCAUAACCUCACCGCUCUCCAGAAGCCAUCUUGGUAUACAGUGGUACCUCGCAAGACGAAUGCCUCGCAAGACGAAAAACGCGCUAGACGAAAGAGUUUUCUGUUUUUUGAGUCGUUCCGCAAGACAAAUUUCCCUAUGGGCUUGCUUCGCAAGACGAAACGUCUUGCGAGUUCUUGCAAGUUUGUUUCCUUUUUCUUAAAGCCACUAAGCCGUUAAUAGCCGCUAAGCCGCUAAUAGCCGUACUUCGCAAGACGAAAAAACCGCAAGACGAAGAGACUCGCGGAACGGAUUAAUUUCGUCUUGCGAGGCACCACUGUAUAAGCAAAUAUCUAAAUGAACAAAUAAUAAUCGUAAGAACUCGUGCCUGUGUUGUCUUUCUGUGACACUGAGCGAGCUUCUUGUGAUACUUUCUACUCUUCCUGUGCAGAAAUGUGUGCUGAAAUUGUAACCCAGGCAUGUCCCAACAUCCGCAUCCCAUGUACAUAAACUUCCAGUUCUUCUUGUCUGCCUGAGAGAAUAACCAGCUACAAUGUGCCAGAAACUUUUCAGUACAGUACUGAAAAUUCCUGUGGAGAAUGUGAUUAUUCUUAUUGUUACUGUGAUUAUUAGCAGUAACGGUGUUAUUCGCACAGGUGGUGAUCCCAAAAACAUUCUUAUUGUUCCAGGUUGUUGGAAGCCUCUGGGACAGAUUUCAAAGAAGAGCCUUCAUAUCACCGGACAAGCCAAUUAAUUUGUGAGCUACAUUGAUUUCUAUAGUUUGAAAAUGUUUGUAGAUUUUUAAAAAUUAUCUGUACUUUCUUUUAUGGUUUCACAUCAUGGGAAUUUUAAAGUGACACGAAGCAAGAUUUUUGCUGUACGCAUAUGUACAGUUGUUUUGGUGGCACUGAAUUUGGGCUGGGAGAGAGAGUGCAAUUGAGCUAGACGGAUCUUUGCUAUGACCAGAAGUGCUUUUCUGUGUUUGUAAAGUGGAGCAGGGUGGUGGCAGGGGGCUCUGUCAGGGGCUGGGUCACUCUCUAUUAGCCCCUGACAGAGAGUGACCAGCUGAGGUGGGAAUAACUUAUACUGCAACAUUUGCUGCCAGCGACCUUGAAGGCCAAACUAUUUUAGGGGGUUGUGUUUGGGGAUUUUUUAAAGGGGAAUGCAGGGUACAAGGGCCUGAUAUGCUGGUUGCAGCAGAGGUACUUUCCACUCUGCCUGAUUUUGCUAUCACCAUUACCCUUCCUCGCAAGAAUCCAUCUGCUCCCCAGCACCACCUGGGAAAGGAGAAAAUUCUCUCCCAGUACUGCUUCUGCAAAAGGACAGUUCAGAUAAUACUUGCACAUUUGAAGAAUACAUGCACACACACACAGGAUUGUGUGGACUAACUCCACCCCAGCUGUCAACUUGCCUAGUACAGGAGAUUGGUGAAUCUUGCCCAUUUCUGCCUCUCUCAGUUUCUCUUUUUUCCUAAUCUUAAAUUCAGUUCUCUACAUUUCUGUAACAGUUUGUUUUUAGUUUCGGAAGGUGCAAAUCAGGUUGAUUCCCUUUAUGUGCAAGCUGAAUUAAAUCUUUUGUCCCUACUCUAGGCAGCUUAAGUUCUCCCCGGGUAGCAUGAGUUCCUUAAACGUCAGCCACAGCUAUGACUCUUCUCAUUGACUAAGAAGAAUGGUAUUUCUUCUCAGAGUUCUGUGAUGAGGAGGAGGGACAGACUGACAAACAAACACAUGGGAGUCAAAUAGGUGCAACCAUGUUUCUUUAGCACAUAAACUUAAGAGCGAUUAAUGAUCGCAAGGCCCACCCUAACCAGUCCCAAACCCUGCAGGCAGGGGCAGCCUGUCCUGUCUCACCAUCUGAGGCGAAAUGGCAAAUUGCUGCCUCCUUCACUGCCCGCGAAGCUUCACCUACCAGGCUUCUGGCAAGAUCUCACAAGAGUUCUGUAAUUCAUUGCAAGAUUUCACCCCCAGCCACUGCCACUGCUUCUCCCAAAGUGUGCAAUUCUGCCGCCUGAGGAGCUGCCUCAGUCUACCUCAUGGGUGAGCUGGCCUCGCCCACACAGAACUUGGCAACAGCAAGUUUGUUGAGCAGAUGAAUAGUCGCAGUUGGCUGCUGCUAUAGUCAUGUGACAGUCUGUGUCCCUGGUCCUUCUGUCCCAGGUCUUUCAGGCCACCAGAGUUUGCUAUCCUCCUUGUUCUCUCCUUUCUUCCUCAGAUCUCUGUCUCCAGUUUCUUCAGUCUGCUUCUCUCCUUUGCCAACUGCCCUUCCUUAACUGACUCUCCCUCUUUCCUCAUUACCUCAUUGCCUUUGCAGAGCUGCAUUCUAAGGAGCAAGCAUCACAAUGGAAGCUCUUCAAGGAGUAAAAAGACUUGCUGUGUGUGUGUGUGUGUGUGUGUGUGUGAGCGCACGUGCAUGCACACUUUAAAUGAAGUCUGGUGAUCCAGGGCAAGCUGGUGGUGCAAAAGGCACCCGGUGGCAAGACUAGAAUCUGCAAGACCUAGCCGGUCAGGCAAUGGUAUCACCCUAAGUGUUGGAAACCCAGAAUUAAAGUUUUUACUACCUACCAAGGCUGAACUAGGACCCUGCGUCCACUAUGUGUUCUUAAAAAUAUAUAUGCCAUUGUAAAUUGUCUGAAAGUUGUCACAUCUGUUAACUUACCAAAUAUUAAUUGUACAUUAGUAGGAAGUAAGUUAACCAAUUUAAUGUGCCUUUCAUCUUUAACAGUGUUAGUCCUUGCUCUCGAACUCAACAUCUCCCUUUAUACACGUAAGUAAAAGUUGUUAGUGAAUAUAUAUCUUUUCUCUUAAGCAGGGAAUUUCUUCGUUCAAAAAGAGACACAGUCUGUUUGCAUAAGUGCUCCUUGGUCCUAUGGAUGCCGUUGACUCCUGUCUUCCGAUUUACAAUGGCAUCCAGAGGACCAAGGAGCACUUAAGCCUGAGCCACAGCGAAACAAAGCAAGAGCAGUAGGCAACGGAUCACAGAAAGAGAUUCCAAAAGUGAGGCGGAGAUUCAACAAUAUGAGGAGUAAUGUCAUGAAUCUGAGCUGGGGAGAUAGCAGGACUCUGCACCAGAAGUAAGCCCAGUUGAGCUGGAUGGGUCUACUCUCAGGUAAGUGUAGGACUGCAGUCUUCUAUAAUGAGAAAAUGGAUGUUGUGUGAGUUCAUAAUAUUAGAAUUCAGAAUCACCAGAUAAAUUAAUUGGCAGGAGGACAGAAGAAAAAUACAUGUAUUUAUUUAAAGCAUUUUUAACCCACUCUACAACCAGAAAUAAGGUGGUCAGACACAAAAGAAUGCAGGGCUCUUGCACUUUUAAUGGCGGUUUAGGGGAGAAAUUUUCAGCAGGCAUAGCUUGCUUUUACAUGUAUAGCUACUGAAAUUUCUUCUACACAAAUGUGCAUCUUUUGCAUCUAGUCUCCCUAGCCAUAAAAUGUUUUCAGAAUGGCUUACAAAUGUCAUUGAUAAGAAAAUCCUUGUCUUUAGGCUUCCUGUCUCAAAAUACAUGACAGAAAGAAAAGGGAUUGGGAAGGAGGAGGAAAAACCAAAAUCAGGACUCAUCAAAACUUCCUUUUGCGCUGCACUUCCGAGGCACGGUCCAUGCUUUAAAACUCCAUGUCCGAGCAGUUAUUGCGUUUUGUUUUUGUCGUGGCACUUUCCCUGGGAAAACCUGCAUUUUACAAUUGAAUCAGAGCAACCAGCAAUCUGCAGAAAACCCCAUUGACAUUUGCUCUGAUUCAGUAGUAAAACGUGGGUUUUCCUGGGGAAAAUGCCAGGGCAAAAAGGAAACCACUCAGACACAGAGUUAAAGCCUGGAUCUGUGCCUAGAAUGUGGCACAAAAGGAAGUCUGGAUGAGCCCUUGAGCACCAUUUCUUAAGUUACAGAAUGUAAUGACCAGCUGAAAUGGAAAGAUUUAAAGGAAGAGAUAAGCCAAAUGUUGCUGAUCUUCCAGUGGAGUCCAUGAGGAAACACAGUACAUAAUUAGCAUAUUAAAUUCAUUGCCACAAAAUAUACAGUAUGUUGUGGCCACCAGAUUAGCCUGAUAUUUAAAGGACUGGACAGAUAUAUAGAGAAUUUUUUUUUACUAAAUAUCAGCCAUGACAGUUAAACAGAACUUUCCCAUUCAAAGGCAGUGUGCCUAUUUAUGCUGGAGAUAAACAAUGUUGACUUCAUAUGAGCUUCCUAUCUAACUGGUCACUUCUAGACUCACUGGAUGUUUGGUCAAAAUUCAUAGAGUUUGGUCAAAAUUUGUAGUUUCUUAUACUCGUAUAUGCUUCUUCUCAGUUUAUGGCUGUUCAUGGCAGAAAAAUCAACUUUGUACCACCCCUCCACCAUUUUAAUAUACAUAUUUUCCCUACAUUGAGAUUAUCCCAAUGUAUAGAAUUGAUUUUAGAAGAUUGUCAGUUGAAAUGAACUCACUCUCAUGCUUGACUUCAUAUUAAGAGGGCUGAUAAAUAGAAUAGGCAUGCAAUUCAGGCUAUUACCUGCUGCAAAACCUAUCCUAUGGCUGUGUGAUUUCAUAAAUCAUCUAUGAGCAGCUUGGAAACUGACUUGAGAAGUUGCUCUAGCAAUUGUGAUCCUUGUGGACAGUUGAACAGCCAGCUGGGACAAGUCAGACCUAUGACAAAAUGUUGCAGUGAAUCCUCACCUUGAAGCACCAUAUUAUAAGGUAGAAGGCAUAAGGGGCUCCAGCAGACCACCCCACCCUUCUCUCCUUUCUCCUUUUCAUUGUUCUUUUCCAAGUAACAUUCAACCUGCUAUGCCUACUGAGCAUACUCAGUUCUCUUUGGGCUAUGCAGGAGAGGUCCCCACAUCUACCGGUGGGUUUUAGUAUAUCUACUCCCCGGUUUCUCAGUGUCCCUUUUUGGCUCCAGCCCUGUUGGCACUUGCCACAUGAGUUUUGCCAUUCUAAGCAAGAGGCAAAAAACAGGAGGUGGGUUUUUUUUGGGGGGGGGUGUUUCACUUGGAGGUGAGGCUAGGCAGUUCUAAAUACCAGCACUGAAUAGGUUUGAAAUGUGCAAUAAGGAAGCCCCACUGGAGGAUUUAAGAGGGUCUUAUUAACUCCUACAUCCCCGGGCAGGGUCCUUGUGUUUAAGAAAUCGUGUCUCCAAAGCAUAGUGUCGAGUCAGACAUGAGAGAAGAGAUGCUUGUCAAAAGGGAUAGGAACAAGGCACUACAGAAAUGGCGAUAAGCGCCUUUUGUGGACCAUUAUGGAUAUACCAAAAGCAUUUUGUCUCCAAAAUGCAGCAGAAGGUCAAAGAUGAUACUGUGCUCCUCCUCUACACCCGCUGUCCAUGUUAGGAUGCAAGCGUGUAUUAGGGCUUGGCAGGAAACUCCAUCCAUGUCUGGUUAUUGAGGCCAACUAAAAUUUAUUUGCCCCAGGCCUGCACAACUUGUGAUCCAGCAAGCCAAGCACAGCCCGCCAGCCACAUCCACUGCCUUCCCAGUGGCUUGAGAAACCUCCUGUUUUUUGCCACUUGCUUGGAAUAGCAAAAGCAUGAGGGGGAUUAUCAAGCAUGUAGCAUAUCACAACAUGAGAGUAAUGGGCUACAUUCAGCAUUGUGGGUCAGAAAUCAUGGCUUCUGAGACAUUGCUCUGCUAUUUCCUAGUACUAUUACUAUGGUUGGUUUUUUGUGUACUGGAUAUAGAAAUAUGGAAGAAACUAAUGAAUCUGUUACAAAAAAAUGAGCUAUACCAGUUUCUUGGGGCUGAAUACUGAAAAGGCAGUGGAAGCAAUGAUGACUCCAUUUCUUUCUCACAUUAUUUACAGUUUCCCCAAAUUAGCUUAUUCCACCUACGUGGUAAAACGUUGUCAUCCAUUUUUUCCUACAAGCACACUGCCUAGUUUUAUGUGUAUUUUGGUACGUGACUGCACAAAUCUCUGUGUAUGUUUUUGUGCACCUUUUAAAUAAAUAACGAAAAACUUGGAGCUUCAGUGGCCUCAGCCAGCUGUGUUAUAAAUAAUACAUAUUUGCCUUUUGAUUCAUUCCCCCUUUUCAUCCAAACAGAGGCUGUGUUGGUGCAGAGAAUCCUGAUGACCUGGACAAUCCCUAUGUAGAUGUAAUUGUUCACAGCAGAGUUCGAACUGCAGAACCACAAUAUGUGAAAUCUUCCUAGUAUGUAAACCUCAAGUUUCCUUUCUUGUAUAGUAAUUACUGAUUGAGAACCUGAGAGACUCCAUAUCAUGCUGCCAAGCAGGAUUUAAGUUUAUUUGGAACCAGAGCAUAUGGGACUGGAUGCGGGUGACUCAACUACAGACUUCUGGGAUAGUAAAGGGACCCCUGACCAUUAGGGCCAGCCGUGAACGACUCUGGGGUUGCGUGCUCAUCUUGCUCUAUAGGCCGAGGGAGCCGGCAUUUGUCCACAGACAGCUUCCGGGUCAUGUCGCCAGCAUGACUUAGAUGCUUCUGGCGAACCAGAGCAGCGCACGGAAAGGCUGUUUACCUUGCGUGGCAAGGUCUCAACCCCACCCCCCUUUUGUUGAAUAAAGAAACAAGACUCAAAUAAUUAAGGUUAAUGGGCUAAAAAAGGCCACAACUUUAUUGGUUACAGAUGAUGAGCGGUAUCGGCUUAGGCAUUGGAUCUAACCAACUAUAUCUGACUCCAGCCCGUCUGCUGGGAGCCCAGAAAGGGUUAAUCAACCAGCAGGUGGAGUCCUGCUGAUGCACAUCAAUUAGGAGCUCCCCCGGGGGUCAUCAAUAGGGGUCGUGCCUUGGGCCCUCACCUCCCUAGGCUUCGGACAGGACCACACCUCCCAGAAACCUUUAACGGAAUGCCCUUCAAUAUGCGGUGCAGGUGAUGGCGCUACCUCCCCUCAUCUCUUCUCCAGAAUUAUUCCAAUGCCUAACCGCCAUACGAUAAAAGUUGUGACAAUUUGCUACGAGGUAGGCAAAAACCAAGUGGCUGGUGCCAAUUUGCCAAGUGGAAAAAUUCCUACCAGGCCCCUCAAUGGCAUCCAACCAAAGUCCAUAGCAAGGUCAAAAGGGACAAAAACCUUAAAGUGCGGGAGGGUGGGUAAACUGGAGCACUGGAAGCCAAAAGAGAGAGAUCUCCUGGCUGCAUCCUGCCCUUAACGGGCAGGCCACACCCCCAGACUGAUCGGAUUGGCCGGCCCGGCCAGUGACACAGCCGGGAAACCCCAAUCGUGCAGGGCUGGCCACCCACCCCCUGUGCACGUGGAGGGGUCGUGAGAGCCCGCAAUUCCACCUCCUCCUUAAGGCGGAAGUGGCCUUCCCACUGCAGCGGCACCUAUUUAUCUACUUGCACUUUGAUAUGCUUUCAAACUGCUAGAUUGGCAGGAGCAGGAACCGAGCAACGGGAGCUCACCCCGUCGCGGGGAUUCGAACCGCCAACCUUCUGAUCGGCAAGCCCUAGGCUCUGUGGUUUAACCCACAGCGCCACCUGCGUACCUUCUGGGGUAUUAUGGCAAAUCAGUUCAUGCACUGUGUGAUUCCAAUGGGAUUUAUGUAUUACAUACAUCCACACAUCAUUUUAUUUGUAUGCUGCCUUUCCAUUGUUGAACCCGGCUCAACGUGGCUUACAACAUGGAAAAAAAUAUUACAAACAUAACUAAAAGUAAUUAUGCUUAUGACUCAUAAACAAUAAAUAUGACAUCAAAAGCUACACAACCAAAUUUAACUAUUUCCACAUCAAUCAUAUGGUAUAAGGCAGGUGGAAAAGACCUGCAAGACAGGGAGCAGGGCUUCCAGGACUCACGGCCAAGAUGGCGUUGUAUUGUGCUUUUUAAUUCCAUGGAUUUCAGUGGGACUAAGAGCCAAGCCACACAAACACAGUCAACUUUGUCCAGUUACUGCUGAAGUACCUCUUCACACCGUUGGCAGCGAUCACUGGCUGGCAUGCUCUCUCAUAAGCAUAUAGACAAGCCUCAUAUCAGGGGGCCUAGGAUAAAAUCAUCUGCAAUUGUAUGCUACUUUUCUGUGUACAGGAAGCAUUUUCAUAGGUAAGAGCAGUCAGACAGGGAAGGCUUUGACACACAUCUGCAAUCUGUAGUGUUAUUGUCUGUCAAGAAUAUGUAAGAUAUUAUUUGUGUGCUCAAUAUGGUUGUAUAGCUCAGUUUUUAAGCUGCAGCUAGCCUUUGGGUGCAGCUAUUUUAACUUACUCAUUAAGCAUCAGCUCUUAAAAGGAGCAGAUAGUGACAUAUCUCAGAAUUACUGCAAGGGUAAAUAAUAAUAAUAAUAAUAAUAAUAAUAAUAAUAAUAAUAUAUUUAUACCCCGCCCAUCUGGCUGAGUUUCCCCACUCACUCUGGGCGGCUUCCCACCAAGUGUUAAAAACAAUACAGCAUUAAACAUUAAAAACUUCCCUAAACAGGGCUGCCUUCAGAUGUCUUUUAAAGGUAAGAUAGCACCGCCACUCCGCUAUUCCCAGACCUGGUCUGGAGGCUGGCGGGGGGGGGGGGGAGAAGCAAGCUCGGGGGACAGCGGGGAGGCGGAUCACCGCCACUCCGCUAUUCCCGGACCUGGUCUGGAGGCUGGCGGGGGGAAGAAGCAAGCUUGCUUCUCCCCAUCGCCAGCCCUACAAGCUCGGGGGACAGCGGGGCAAGCCACUGCCCCACGGAGGCUAGAGAGGCUGUCCCUGAAGGCAGAAGAGGGAGACGGAGCGCUCCGUCUCCCUCUUCUAGCUUGGGGAUGGCUGCGCAAACCUCGGGGGGAAAUAAUUCCCCCCCCCCUGAUUUCCCCCCCAAAAAACUAGGUGCGUCUUAUGGGCCGGUGCGUCCUAUAGGGCGAAAAAUACGGUAAUUAUUUGUUUGUUUUUAAUUGAUAAUAGAUUGAUAGAUACACACAUAUAAUCAGGGUGUUUUUUAAGCCGAAACUCAGUUCUGGCACCUCUCAGGCCGUUGCCAUUAUAUGAAGACAAGGGAGGUGUUCAUGGUGAGUUGAAGCACCUCUUUUUCUUGAAAAAUUGCACUGGUUUUAAUUCAACCUAUGUUUAAUUGUUUAAUUAUUCCCCCCAUGUUUUUAGCAGUUAUUUCUGUCUGUAAUCUGCCUUGAGUCCCUGUCAGGGGGGGAAAAGGCAGGAUAUAAAUUUAAUAAUAAGUAUGGAGGAAUUUCUCUUUAUUUCAGUGUUUCAAUGGAUAUUUCCCAAGCUCUCUGAGGCAUGCUUUUUUAAAGAUUGAAAAUGGAGGCACUCUCCAGCAGUGUACUCACUACCUACUUAAAACUCAGCAAAGUCAUUGUUUCCUCACCCCCCCUGCACUUCUAAUUGAAUAUAUGGGAUACAGGUGGCGCUGUGGCUAAACCACCGAGCCUCUUGGGCUUGCUGAUUGCAAGGUCGGCAGUUCGAAUCUGUGUGACGGGGUGAACUCCCGUUGCUCUGUCCCAGCUCCUGCCAACCUAGCAUGAGUAGAUAAAUAGGUACCACUGUAGCGGGAAGGUAAACAGCAUUUCCUUGUGCUUUGGCUUCUGUCACAGUAUCCCGUUGCACCAGAAGUGGUUUAGUUAUGCUGGCCACAUGACCCGGAAAAAUUGUCUGCAGACAAAUGCCGGCUCCCUUGGCCUGAAAGCGGAGAUGAGUGCCACACCCCAUAGUCAAUUUUGACUGGACUUAACCAUCCAGAGGUCCUUUACCCUCUAACUGCAUGUUGCAUGUCAUUGUACACAUCACUAUGGAUGGAUGCGUUUUCGGUUGCACACUGCCUGUCCACACCAGUGGGUGGAAAGGGGGCAUGGAGGUCUUCCAAAGGGUUCUGUUUUCAAAUCAGUUCAAAACUGGUUUGAAAAUGCAGUGUUUCUCAAACUACAGGAUGGAUAAGCAUUGAGUCUAAUAUCAUGAGAACACAGCUUCACAAACUAUCCAUGGGAAUCCCCUGGAUACAGAGUAAACCGGAGUGUGUACAGAGCCUUCAUGCUUAAAGUCUUUUUUUAAAAAAAUCUUUUAAGGUCUAAUGCUCAGAUAUCUGAUGGCUUUAGGAAGGUGACAGAGUGGGGAGCUCAGCCACAUCCGUGGGUCUUGGAAGAUGCCACCAGCAUGACAUAGGUGCCCAUGGAAGAAUCCUGAUGGAAAACAGUGCUGGCAGAAUACACACAUUUGCCAAGCCUACACCCCUUCAUUUCCCAGCCACUCCCAGGCAGACUGUGGAAAUUUACAGCCACCCCAAAGCUGGUGUGAGGAAUUCCACUCCCAAUGACUUUGGGCUCACAGGAGACUUUAAUUGUUUACUAUGCAUGGUGCACAAUGGGAAAUCCCAAUUUACUGUCUCAUUUGAAAGGCAGGUUAUAUGUGUGUACUGAAAUGUAACUAAAUAUAUAUUCAUUUCAAUUAUAAAAUUGUCAGGUACGCUUUCAAAACUAAGAAUUUUCCAGAGAAACAGAACCCUGUAUUUCAGGGGGCUGGGCUAGACAGAAUACCCUUUGGGUCCCUUCCAACAGUUCUAUGAUUCUUCACCAUUAACAACACAAGAAGAAAACAUGGGGUUAUUUGAAAUAUACUCUCUGCCCAAGCAAAGUACCUCCUUGUACUUUAGGUGUGGAGAGGACAUUUGGCCACUAGAGGUCGCCUGAAGAUGCUAAAGGUUUACUGCUGUAAAAAUGUUGGUUCUUUUAACUUUUCACACAGCUGCUAAUCGUGCUUCUGCCGCAUGCCAUUUCUGAAAGAUAGUCAUAUGAACUAGAGAAUCUUAGUAGUGGAGCAUGCCAAAAGGAACAAAAACCAGAAGAGGAUAUAUUGUGCUACUGCCAAAUAAUCAUUUUUAAACCGGGUGGGGAAUUCUGCUGUUCCUUGGAAGCCUCUUAGGGAUUCCUGAAUGAGGAGAUCAGUUAUGGCUUGCAAGCUUCCCUCUAUGACAGCUUGCCAUCUGCAGCAGUGGGAGGUGGCAAGGACAGGGCUUGCAGGGGAGGCCAACUACACCCACUGCUGGUUGCAAGAGCUGUGGGAGGUGCCAGGGACACCACAGGGCCAAUCCCAGGGCCCAGCUGUUGAAAGGAGCAAGUCUUGCCAUAGAUAGCAGAACACUGUCAGUCAAAGCAACACCAAAGGGGUUCAUCCUUUGGGGAGAUCACAGAAUUGUAGAGUUGGAAGGGACACCAAGAGUAACCUAGUCCAACCCCCUGCAAUAAGGGGAGACGUACACACGGACACACGUUGGUUUGGCACAGGGAUUGGAGUUGGCUGGGUCUCUGGACACCAGGUAUCUGUGACUCCUGAGGUGAGAGCCUGGACAGGAUUAGCUUUGGUGUGGUGGUAUAUUUCCUGGGUGAGAGACGGGAGGCCACUGGAGGAGGGGACUGCUAUACCGAGCACUGGCCGCCUAUUGCAGAAAAUCUUUGGCCAUCCCUUAAUCAAUUAAAGCUGAUGGUGCUGCAGGGUGGUUUUGUUUUGUUUUGUUUUGCAGCAUCACACUUUAAGUUGGGUGGGGAACCUCUGGCCCAGGAGCCAAAUACAGCCCUGCAGGCCUCUCUGUCGGACCCUCAAAAUUCUCGCCAGGGUUAGCCCAUUAGCUCAUUAGCCCUGCUUGGCACCAGUUGUUUCUGCAUGGCUUGGAUGUGCCUGUUCCUUUCGUUUGAAGUUAGAGAGGGGUGUGCGUGUCACUGGACAAAGGCAGUCUUGGUCUGUCACUCCUGUGACCAACCGAGAGGAAAGAGGCAGCCCCCUUGCUCAGGCGAAGGCAAGCGUGCAGGCAGGCAGGCAGGCAGGCAAGCAGAUGGGAGAGCACCUUCUUAGGCUCCCUUGGCUGAGGCUGGGCUGCAGAGGGAGGGAGGGAGGGAUCAGGCAGGAGCUCCUUCACCUGAGUCAGCAGCGGCCUCCUUCCCUUCCUCCUGGUCGCUUCUCCCUCCCUCCCCAGCCCAGCUGCUUUUUCAGCAUUAUUUCAGGCAUCGUGAUAUAUCACUAUAUCACCAUGGUUAGCUGGUGAUAUAUCACAAUGUUGAAAAACAGAUAUUGCCUAGCCCUAAAGGUGAGGUCUCUUGCACUUGGAACAUGGUCCUUCUUUUCUGUUAUUAGAUACUUUUAUUUCUUCUAUAUCUGCACUCCAUUGCUGCUUGGCACUUAGGCAGUUUUACACAGGGUUGUUCAUUACUGCAUUUGUUGACUGUUGCUUGAUUAAGAGGAGAUGGCGCUGUGUGCCUGGGCUAGGUCUGGGGGUCCGGAGCAGAGGGAUUCCAUUUUUGUAGUGACAAGCAUGGGGCCGGUAUGACAGUGGGGUACAGAUAAAGGAGUGAGAGAGUUUUUAAUCUAUCAUUCCUUCUGCACUUGUCAUGAUUUGGUGGAGCGUGCCAACCAAUCCCCUCCUGGUGAUGCCACUAACCUCCAGGGUGGUCCAAAACAAGUGAUCUGUCAUUCAUGAUCUGAUCAUGGGUGAGGGGGCUGACUUGGCGUGAGGGGGCUGGGCUGACUCAGCACUGCCCCCCCAGGUACUUGGUGCAACACCAACCCAGCCCAGUGGGACAGGGUGCAAGUCACUGUCAUCCAUAACAUUUCCAUUGCUCUCACCAGGAGGCCAGCUUGCUCUGACUGAUUUCAAGGGGUUGUUCCUGGUGUUGGGCCCAAGAUGAUGUUGGUGUAUAGCCCACUCAAAUGCACCACAGCGCCCUCAGCUCCACAGCUUAGAGGCGAUUUCAUGCCUAACAUUUGUGCUGUGGUGGCCUUGUCAUGGGCUAGCUCGCGAUUUCAUGGUCUCUAUGACAACCAUGGAGCUAUCUCAAUAUGUCACAGGCCUGACUGAUACAUAGAUGUGGCAGGGCAGGUGUUUGGUCUGCAGAGUUGGCUGGCACAGAUCCAGUGUUAGGAGGGCUUGAGGAGGCCAAUGUGACGGACAGACCAUUCCCCGGUGAGAUUUUGGCUGACUGGCAGUGUCCCCCGGCAUGGAUUGUUAUGGAUGAAUGGAAUCUGAUGCAUUCCUGAAUGCUCAGGGAGAUUUCCUUGUUGUCAUGGCCAGUGCUCCUGUCAAGGCUGUGGUCUUGCUAUGGAAGCGCAGGGUGGGCAGGGCCAGGGAUACAAUGCUUUUCAUGUGCCCUUAAUGGCUUGUAACAGCAGUUGGGAGAUGCUGCCUUUAAGAAUAGUCCUCAUGAUGACCUAAAUGUCAGAGAAACCCCAAAAUAUAAAUAGCAGUAGAAACCCUUCUUCCCACCUAUGGUGCGGUUUGACAUUUUAUGUGGAUAUAAUGCUUAUAUCUGCUUAUGCUGUAUAUUUCAAAAUAGUAUUGGUUUCUUGUAGUAAAAGUUCAAAACAAAACAUAGGUGCUGCUGUCUAUAUUUACCCUAGUAGAGUUUCUGGUCCGUCCGUCCCCAAUUUAUUUUCUAUUUAUAUUUUUCCUUAGUUACCGUAUAUUCUUCCAGUGGGUGAUAUAUCCAGUACUAAGCAUACCUGAAGCUACUGAAACCAAUGAUCUUAAUUUAUUCAAAUCCAGUGCUUUUUACUGGGUCUACCAUAAUACCCAACUUUUCCUUUAACUUUAAACAGCUGCUGCUCUCUAUCUCAUGCCUAGUUUUCAAACUAGCAGGGUCUCUCUUUUUAGCUUGAUUGGUGCAACUUGUCAUGAGCGUGAUGAGAAGCUGCAUCUGCAAAAUUCUCUUUUUACACAACAAUUUAAGGCAUGGGAACUCUGUCGUCUUCUGCACCUGCGUGCUGCUACCUAGAUACCCUAGAUCAGGCAUAGACAAACAUGCCCUCCAGAUGUUUUGGGACAGCAACUCUAUCAUCCCUAACUAACAGGACCAGUGGUCAGGGAUGAUGGGAAUUGUAGUCCCAAAACAUCUGGAGGACUGAGUUUGCCUAUGCCUGCCCUAGAUACUCUCCCAAUGAAUGGAUUUUGUAGAGGAGUUGCUGGACUACGUUCCCAUCAUCACUGAUCAGUGAUCAAGCUGGGCUGAGGCUGAUGGGCAUUGGAGUUCAGAAACAUCUGCAAGGCCACACAGUAAGCAGCAACCUCUAUUGUACAGGAAGUUGUAUCUGGUAAUCUGAACCCCUCUGUUCCUUAUACAUUAAACAGAAAAAAACAUACUAUUAAUUUUUCAUUGGCAAACAACAAAUGAUUCACACACAUAAACAGAAUUGCACAGACUUGAUAUUUAGCACAUUUCUCAGCUUCAUUUAGCUGUAUCUUAUCCUUUUUACUGCUCCCCCUCCCCACAAGGAUGCAAUGAGGUUACAGCACUCAAGAAACUUUGUUCUGCAGGUGUUCUAAGUCAAUGGGGGAGAAACGCCACUAAAGAUGGGGUUUUCCUGUGGAACAUUCAUGAGAAGGAAGAGGGAGGGCCAUGCAAUUCUUAGCCAAAUGUCAUAUCAACAACUACAAAUUCCUUUUCAUUACUGGUGUUGCUAACACAUCAUUGCUUUGUGUGACAAUGCUCAACACUAGCAAAUCUCAAGUGCCCUGCUCUCUAGGCCUGGUGCAUGGUGUAUCAUUAAAUUUAUCUAUGUUGCACCAUGGCAGGUCUGGCCCAAGACAUUUUGACACCCAAGGCAAACCACAAAAUGGCGCCCCCUCUCUGUCAGGGCAGAAGGGGGGAGUGAAGAUGGACAUCAGGAACAAGGACAAAAUAAAUAUAUCUAUUGGGAUCUGCUGCCCCAGUGGAUCCUUCCACUGGAGGCAGUUGCCUCACCUUGCCUCAUGGGUGGGCAUGCAUUGCAUCACAGUACACUUGAGGACCAGCUAAACCUGAAAGUAAAUGUUCUUAGAAAUACAGGAUUGCUACCAAAAACAGCUCCCUGUUUUAUAUUUCCAUGCUGGGGAUACACAACAAGUUUCCCAGCCUCUCUCUCAUGUGAUUGGAUGCUGAUUAUUGAGCAAUGUAUCACAACAGCAAUCAGGAAUUUAUCACAUCAUACAUUGAGAAAUUCUAGAUAUGGAAAGGGGGAAGAGAUACACAAGUCCACUUAGCCUUCCUGGUGUGGCAGCGUUGCAGAUGAGUGACGCCUCCCCAGCCUGGAUCCAAUGUAGUCUUUGGUUGCUGGGCCUGUCCAGCUGGCAGGUUCCCUGUUGGCUUGUCACUACCCCAACUUCUGCCACUUGAGCUAGAAAAGGCAACCGUUUAUACUAGACAGAGCUCUGGGUCUUAAUUUGCAAAAUUCACUAGUUCUGGCAAACGGGGCUUGCUCACCACUGUAACUUGAACAACAAUCUAGUAGUGAUUAUCAACUUGCUAGGUAUUUGCCUGUCACUUUGGGAGACAGAGAUGAAUUUGAUGUUUCAAUUUUAGUGGCAGUUUCCAAUGCUUUCGAUGCCAUCGAAACAAUUAUUAAUUGUCUGUAUUUUUAUCUAUUUCUUAUUAUGUAUUUAUAUAUUAUCUUUCUCCCCACCCCUGUCUCCUGUUGUUGUUUUGAUAACUCUCUACUGUAUUUUAUGUUUAUGGCCAAAUAAACUGAACCUGAAAUUUAUUUUUUGCCCACACACUAGACAAUUUGUAUGCACAAAUUCAUUCUACAUGUAUGUAGUUCUGUUGCUUGAAUCUAAUUUGUACAUUAGUACAUAAGAUUCUUUGCUUCUUUAUUGUGCUGCUUUAUUUUGCAAAUGGGCCUUGUGCUGUCAUUUUAUGCUUUAGAGCUGUAUGUGUGAAAUUUGGUUUUAGGGCAAAAUUCCAUAUCCAUGAAAAUACAGCUGCCAAGAGUAUGUGGCAGUCUCUUAUAUCAGUUCUUCUAGAAUCAGAUGGUAUUCCAUUACUGUAGUGCAAAAUGCUGCCCAUGGAAAAAAGUGAGAAAUCUGAUAUUGGGGUCUAAAAUACAAAUAUGUGUAAUUUUGCGUCAUUCUGUAUCUGUGCAGGAUAAGGCCUGCCAUCUAGCUCCCAGCUGAGGUGGCCUGUUCCCUCCUUCAUCUGCCACCAGCAGAUACUUAACCAUUUUGCCCUGCAAAGAGGAGAGAUCUGGCAUUCAAAAAACCCUUCACUCCCCACCCUUGUAGCUUUUCUUGACUGUUUUUGUUUAACUGAUAUUUAAUUGUCUUUAUAGUUUAAUGUAAAUUACUUUGUGAGGUUAUACUGAAAAGUGGUAUAAAAGUAUAUUAAAUGUCAACAAGAUCCUCAUCUAAAAUGAUUGAGUUUUAUGAAGAUGAGUGGAAUAACAAUUUUCAUUUAGGAAGUAGCCUGGUAUUUUCCUGCUGCAUCAUCUUUUCUCUCCCCACCCACCUCAGAUGCAACAACAAAAGCUUUUGCCUUAAUUAGAGCUAUCAAGAAGUCAUUAUUUCAAGCCUGUGCCCAUUUAAUCAAUUCCUUUUCUCCCUUUAACUUUUACCCUUAGCUCUCCGAACACCUUUGGAUACACUGGCAAGGUUCAUUGGUCAGCCACCCAACCAGCAAAUUCUAAUCUUCCACCAACAUCACCAUCAAUAAUUUCACGAAUGUAUUGGUAAGUGUGAGGCACAUUACUUAAUUUGCUCAGAUACAUUAGAAUUCUAAUUAUGGUUAUUUCAUUAAAGAACAAUUAAAUAUUAAGCACAACAUUUCUUUGGUUUUGAAAAAUUUGGAGUCAAAACCCAUAAGAAAAGCUUUCAAGAUUAUUUGACAUCUGCUGUAGUUUUCAGAUUCCUUUGUAUUUCCUUUGAAAACAGAGAGAGGGGGGAAAGAAUUCUAAAGCAUGGAGGGCAAAACUGGGCUUCUCCAGAUGACCUAUUUAUUGAGCAAUCAUCCUGACUUGCUAGCUCAGAGUUUUCACAGAGCUCAGCUUGCAUGUGGUCCUCACUGAGCAUUCAUUCUGGUGUGUUUGUGAGCAGUGGGGGUUAUACAGCAAUGAGCAGUCAUCUUUAUUUGCUUGCAGGCUGUUUAUCUGUCUUCCUAGGAAUUAUUCCUUCAUACCACACUUUUCAAUGCAUUUUCCUAUUACUUCCUAAACACAAUAAGUUGCGUGUUUUUAAAAUGGAUUAGUUGGGCUGAAGCAACAAAGCCCUUUAAUUCACUUUAAUUGCCAAAAACUAAAAUUCUGGUAUGUACAUGAAGUCCUCCCACAAUAUACUGCCAGUCUGCCUGAAGGAGCAUCUCCACCCCCGUCAUUUUGCCCGGACACUGAGGUCCAGCGCUGAGGGCCUUCUGGCGGAUCCUUCACUGCGAGAAGUGAGGUUACAGGGAACCAGGCAGAGGGUAGUGGCCUAUGGAAUGCCCUCUCAUCAGAUGUAACAAGGAAAUAAAUAACUAUCUGACUUUUAGAAGACAUCUGAAGGCAGCCCUGUUUAGGGAGGUUUUUAAUGUUUCAUGUUUUAUCGUGUUUAAUAUUCUGUUUGGAGCUGCCCAGAGUGAGUGGGGAAACCCAGCCAGAUGGGUGGGGUAAUAAUAAUAAUAAUAAUAAUAAUAAUAAUAAUAAUAAUAAUUUAUACUCUGGAAGCACCCUAUGUGUCAUAUAGUUUAAUGCCAUUUGUGUGUGUUUUAAAGUGUAAAUUUCUCGAUGGCUGCUAUCAGGCUUGUGAACAUGGCACUUGGAAUGGGGGUUAACUCUUCCCUCCAUAUCAUGAUCCUGAAACUUUUAGGCAUCAAAAGUUUAUCCCAGAGUGGUGGCAGAGGGACUCAGGAGCGGCAGGGACGGCGUCACCUGCGCUAUUCCACUGGGUGAAGCAGCCACCCCCCUUGGCCCUCAUACCAGUCCUGGGCAAUGUAUCGGUGCAACACCCAAGCCUAGUGUGCACCCGCCUGGCUUGGGUCAGUUGUGUAUGUCUUUUUCACCUGACUGCCUUCCCUUCAAGCUAGGCAACAACUGGGGCAGAAAGAGCCACGCCAUUGACCCCAAACACGGGGUGCCUCUGUUUAUUUGCACGCAUGACACAGCAGUGCAAGAUCACACCAGGAGGAAGCAGCUCUUAUGCCUCUGCAGGAGUGUGAGAGAGAAGGGGUCGGAGGGAAUUACUGUUAUUGCUCAUUAAAUUUCUAUACGGUCCUUUGUCCAAAGAUCACAGGGAGGUUUACCGUAGACAGUGGUACCUCUGGUUACGAACGCUUUGGGUUACAAACUCCGCUAACCCAGAAGUAGCUGCUCCUGGUUGCGAACUUUGCCCCAGGAUAUGAAAGGAAAUCGUGCACCGGAGGCGCUGGCGCAGCGGGAGGCCCCAUUAGCGAAAGCGCACCUCAGGAUAAGAACGGUUUCAGCUUAAGAACGGAGUUCCGGAAUGAAUUAAGUUCGUAACCAGAGGUACCAUUGUAACUAUAUAACAUAAUAACAAAGAAAAACAACAACCCCUUACAGUCUACAAUUGUUUGGAAUACCAGCAAGUUCUACCCACACUCUCUUGGUGUCAGUAGUGAUUGUGACCUUGAAAUUCACAUUCAGGUGAGAAAGAUGCUUGUCUCCUCUUGUGAUUGCAGUUACCUGGCUAAGCAUGGGCAACCAUCUGAAUUUCCGCAUCUGGGGCCUUUGUCACAGACCCUUGUACCCACUGAACCUCAAAAUCCUUUCAAUAAGAAGGAGAAAAAAAGAAUUGAACUUUGAAAGAAUAUCUGUCUCUGACGGCACAACUCCAAGCUUUAAGAGAUAAUGGGAAACAAGUAAGGCUGUGGAAUGAAUGCCAUCUUCAAGAAUGGUCAAGAAACAAAACUUCAUGAGGGCAUGCCUUUAUGAUGUGGGACACCUUCUGUAUAUUCCAAACGACCAUUUCAAGCAUACACCGAUUAAUGCAUUUCUUUUUUAAUGUGCUUUCUCUCUUCGUAUUCAUUAACAUUUCCUCAUGCCCGGCUGCAGAGGCCACGCAUGUCUGAGGUGCUUCAUGCUGUUCAGCCCACACCACUUGUGAGGCCACUGGGGGAUCAACAGGCCUGCCCGAUCUGCCACCCAUCUGCUGCCAGGUGGGACUCCUGUGUGUGCCCUCAAAUAAUGUUAAACUGAUCUUAUACUGCAAUCAUUACUUUGGGUCCUGUGGAAUGUUUUGACUGACUUAAAUAAAGAGAUAUUCUUAUGAAUGUA